AUGUUGUUCCCGGCCUUCAUCUUGACCCUGCUCGCUGCCACCCUCACCACGUCUGUCGUGGCUGACGCAGGUCUGAACGCUGCCGUCGCCUUCGACAACGGCCUCGGCUCUCUCGACCAGGGCCUCUUGGACAAUCUUCACGCGCCCCACUACGAUCUCUCCGUCUGGGCCCCCGGAUGGAUCCCUCAAGACUGCAAGGACAUUGUCGAGGGCCAGAAUCUCUCCGCGUCCGACGUCACCAUCUGGAACGUCAACUACACCGACUGCUCCUCGCCGUGGGUCAUCUGCACCCACAAGGACGCCCCGCUCACCCAGACGGUCGUCGCCGACCUCUUCGGCAAGAUCCCCGUCAAGAUGCGCAGCACGAUACGCCACCUCAUCUCCGUCCCCGGCCCCGGCAUUGGCGCCUUCAACGCGGGCGACAACAUCAUGUUCAGCGGCGCCAACGACCACAUCUCCGUCUUCGUCCACGAGGUCGGCCACAGCGUGGAUACGCACGGCUACCCCAACAUCUCGGCCGGCGCCUUCCACGAGACCGACAUCUGGCUCGACAACUACGCCAAGGACUCGGCCGUCGCGGAUGCAUACGCCAACUGCAACCAGGCCGAGAACCACUCCCAGGAGCUCGUCGUCGCCCUGUUCGACCACGUGGUCCCGGGUGGCGUGGGCACCGUCAACAGCAACUGGACCGAGAUUGCACACCAGUACGAGACCAUCCAGGGCUUUGUCGGUGUCCAUGGCGACAUGAUCACCCCGGGCGGCGUCUGCUCUGAUCGCCACAACAACAGCGAGCCCGUGCGCUUGACCGAGAGCCCCGACACCGGCACUGGUCCCGCGCCCGACGUUGGACUCAAGGACGGCGUCAAGGUUUACGACUUCUUGCCCAUGCAGACGGUUGUGAACGCGACGGUCGUGAGGGAAGAUGGAACCGUCGGCUUGAUGGAGGUCCAGGUUCUGAAGCAGUAG